GUUAAUUAUUAUUUGGUUUAAAGCUUGAUUACAACACCAGCGAGGGGCUUAGAACGCUAGUGAACGCUUAACGCCAAACAUACGCGCGUGUUGUCAAAAAACAAACAAAAAAAAAACCGGCCAUCCAAAAACGGCCAAAGACGACUAAAACAACGGACAAUAAAAGCCGCCAGCGGCCAAAAACGCGCUCAUUGCGUGCGCUGUUUUCGUCACGGUAAAUUACCACCGAACACAGUGGAACACAGGACACAGCAGGACAACUGAAAGAGAGAGGGAGAGAGAGUGAAACAUAUCAUAUAUAUAUAUAUAAAAAUAUAUAUCAAGAGGAUGAGGAUGCGACACGCAUUUGCUGGAUUAAUUGUGUGCUGGCUGGCAGUUUGUCAACCACAAGCUGAUGCACAAUAUGCGCCAGUAUAUGCAGCCCAGCCAGGAUUCGUUGGAGGUGGACGUGGACGUCAAGGUUCCUUCUCGAAAGCGAACACGAACGCCUAUGAGCGCCAAGUGGACUUUGGCAACAAUGUGGAGUAUACGCAGGGUCUGUCCAAUUCCCGGGCCGUGACCCGCCAGAAUGGACAGCGAGUUGUCUCCGACAGUCAGGCACGCACUCGUGAUGUGGAUCUCGGUGGCUUGCAGAUCGGCAACACGUUGACGCGCACGCGCACCAAUGCGAAUGGCGCCGUAUCCGGCGGCAUUGCGAAUCAGUUCCGUGUGGGAAACCUCGGACUCGGUGCGUCCCUCUCGCCCGACAAUCUGCGCCAGGGAUUCGGCCUGCAGCGCGGUGCCGAUGGCAACGCUCGUCUCGGCCUGGGACCGCUCAGUUUCGAUCUGGACAGAAAUGCGCAGCGCAGCAACAGCCUGAGUCAGGCGGAGGUCAAUGCUCAGGGUAAGGGAGCACGCGUUGGAUCCAACAGCAAUUCCAAUACGAAUACCCAGCAGUAUGGUGGCGUCAAUGUCCGCGAAACAGUGAGCAACUCAAAUGCCUAUGGACGCACUCGCAAUGGACAGACGUCGGCCAAUGCCGGCGGCCUUGGCGGCAAUGCGAUCACCCAGGGUGCCACCUAUGGCGGCUUCCCCCGCCAGCGUCGUGCCCCGCAACGUGUCUACCAGCAGCAGCCACUUGUUGCCGCCAAUCGUCGCCUGGUGCGUCCCAAGCGUCGUGCUCAGUUCGUGCCCUUUGGUUACCAGCAACCCAAUUACAACAACGGCUUUGGCAACAACUUCGGCUUCGGUGGAUUUGGCAACUUCCAGAACACGGAGCGACCACGUCGUCAAAAUUUCCGUCCCUACAACAACAACUUUAACAGAUUCCCACAGCCACAAGGUGGCAAGAAUCGUGGCCAAGUGCAGUCAUUUGGCAAUGCCGGAGCCCAGGGCGGACCCGGCUUCAAUCAGCAAGCGGGCAGCAACAAUUUUGCCAACCAGAAUGCGGAUGGAUCCCAGAACGCGGGCAGCAGCAGCAUUGGCUCCAAUCUGGCUGGCGAUGGCAGCAGCGGACAGGUGAGCUCGGCAAAUACGAACCAACAAAGCGGACCCGGCUCCCAGACAAACGGAGCUCAGUCGCAGGCAUUGAACUUCGAUGGGUCAGGUCAGCAGGCGUCCAGCUCGAACGCCAAUACCCAACACAUACGCGAUGGCAACAGCGAGACAAUUGGCUCAAACAGCGGCUCGACGGCUACCAAUAACAAUGCCGGUGGCAGCUCGACGAACAUCGCCAACACGAACACUCAAGUGGUGCGGGAUGGCAACCAGCAGUCGGUCACCUCCGGCGCCAACAGUCAGUCCAUCUUCCAGGGCAAUCAGGGUCAAGGCAAUGCGGCAGCCAACACGGCUGCCAAUAUCAGCUCGCAGCGUGGCCCCAAUGGCUCCGUCACCAACUCGGCUUCAAGCAGCGCCACCGCAACCGCAACCAACGGUCAGUCGGCCAAUGCCAAUGCCAAUGCCAGCGCCGGAGGAUUCGGCAAUGCAGCCGGAGGCGGCGCCAAUGCAGCUGCCAGUGGCGGUGCCAAUCGCAACCGUGGCGGCGCCAAUUCCAAUGCCAAUGUCUUCGGUAGUUUUGGCUUUGGCCUGCGCCAUCGUGCUCAGCAGCAGGUGCAUCUGCAUCAUUGGCGACCGCGAUCCUUGAAUCUCAGCUCGGAUGCGGCUUACCUUGAGGAUCUGGACUUAAAUCGAUCGUCGCGUCUGGAGGACUUGCAGCCCAGGGUUAAUGCCUCUGUCGAUGCCUUUGGAGAGUUUGAUGCGGGACAGCGUCAGGGCAGGACGAUUAGCCUUUUAACCGGCUGGUUUAACAGCCUCUUCGGCUCCUGCGUCUCGCCCUGCACUUUAGAGGCUUAUCAACAGAAUCGUUGCUGCGAGACUUAUGUGAUUGGACCUCCUCAGACCUGCUGUUCCGUGGGACCGAUUCUACCUCCAAGACCACCACCCAGACCACCACUGCCUCCUCCGCCGCCACCACCGCCACCACCACCGCCACCAAGACCACCACCACCACCUCCACCACCACCACCACCACGUUAUCCUCCGCCAUAUCCUUUACCUGGUCCUUGGCUGCCCAACAGAAAUACGCCCAUUAUGAUGAUGGCCGUGCCCAUUAACUGCUGCACGGUUUGCACCUACACCUACUAUGGACCCCCUCCUUGUGGCCGCUUCAAUACCAACGACAACAAACGUGUCACCGUCUACGUUCCCCCUCCCUACUAUGGAUAA